AUGGCCGUCGUCAAGACCUCGGAGAUGGACUACGCCAUCAAGCCUGAAGCGUCCGUUCCUUCCGUUGAUACAUCGGAUUGGCCGCUUCUGCUUAAGAACUAUGAGAAGCUGCUCGUUCGGACCGGUCACUUCACCCCUAUCCCUGCUGGCUCCUCUCCUCUGAGCCGUGACUUGAAGUCAUAUAUCAGCUCCGGUGUCAUCAACCUUGACAAGCCGUCCAACCCUUCCAGUCACGAAGUCGUGGCUUGGAUGAAGCGUAUCCUCAGAUCCGAGAAGACUGGUCACAGUGGUACCCUUGAUCCCAAGGUUACCGGUUGUUUGAUUGUUUGCAUUGACCGUGCCACCCGUCUGGUCAAGUCCCAGCAGGGUGCCGCGCCCCCUCUGAUCUCUGCCGUCAAGCGCCAGCUCCGUAUCCGUACCAUCCACGAGAGCAAGAACUACGAGUUCGACAAUGAGCGCCACCUCGGUGUCUUCUGGGUCAGCUGUGAGGCUGGUACCUACAUCCGUACCCUCUGUGUCCACCUUGGUCUUCUCCUCGGUGUCGGUGCCCACAUGCAGGAACUUCGCCGUGUUCGCUCUGGAGCCAUGGCUGAGGGCCCCGGUAUGGUCACUCUGCACGAUGUUAUGGACGCCCAGUGGGUCUACGACAACAACCGCGACGAGUCUUACCUCCGCAAGGUCAUCAGCCCCCUGGAGUCCCUGCUCACUGGUUACAAGCGUAUUGUCGUCAAGGACAGCGCUGUCAACGCCGUCUGCUACGGUGCCAAGCUCAUGAUUCCCGGUCUUCUCCGUUAUGAGGCCGGCAUUGAGUGCCACGAGGAGGUUGUCCUCAUGACCACCAAGGGUGAGGCUAUCGCCAUUGGUAUCGCUCAGAUGUCCACUGUCGAGCUCACCACCUGCGACCACGGCGUUGUUGCUAAGGUCAAGCGUUGCAUCAUGGAGCGUGACCUCUACCCCCGCCGCUGGGGAUUGGGACCCACUGCCCUUGAGAAGAAGAAGAUGAAGACUGCUGGAACUCUCGAUAAAUACGGCCGCACCAACGAGGCUACCCCCGCUGCAUGGAAGAACGAGUACAAGGACUUCAACCUUCCUCUCACCGGAACCGCUGCUCCCGUGAAGGAGGAGGUCGAGGAUAAGAAGCGCAAGCGUGACGGCGAGACAGCCGAGGAGAAGGCCGAGCGCAAGAAGAAGAAGAAGGAGAAGAAGGAGAAGAAGGAGCGCCGGAAGUCCAAGCAGGAUGAUAGCGAUGACAGCGACUAG